UUUUUUUAUCAAAUUAUUAAACGCUGGUAACAUGCAGCUUGACGUUGAGAGAAACAAGAAGUAAGAUGGUAGUUUAACUAGACUUUCUUAUUUUUCUGUUUCUUUAGAGAAGUGAACAUUAACUAAUUAAUUCAGUAAGAUAAUUAACUAUAUUUGUAAUUCACCGAUUAUUGAUACACAAUGGGUCGAAGUCGCUCGCCGUCACCAGGAAGACGAAGGGACCGCUCACGGGAACGAGAUCGUGACAGAGAUCGACGAAGAAGACGAUCGCGAGAAAGAAGACGAAGAUCGGUAGAACGAGAUAGAGUAAAGUCGCGAGACAGAGAUAGAGAACGAGAACGUGACCGAGAUAGGCAUAGGAGAUCAUACACUAGGUCCAGAUCAAGGGAACGUGAUCGAUCAAAACAUAAACCAAAACCUUCAACAAAUGAACGACCAGUAAUUACAGAGGCAGAUCUUCAAGGUAAAACACCAGAGGAGCAAGAAAUGAUGAGGAUAAUGGGAUUUUGCGAUUUUGACACUACUAAAGGAAAAAAAGUGGAAGGCAAUGAUGUAGGUGCUGUUCAUGUCAUUUUAAAGAGGAAAUAUAGGCAAUACAUGAACAGGAAGGGAGGAUUCAACAGGCCUCUGGAUUUUGUCGCAUAAUUUACAGUACAAUCAUAAACCUACAGAUGUCUUAUUUUGUGAGAUAAUGUUACAGUCAAUUUAUAUUCUUUUAGAAGAGAGUGCAAACAAAAUGUUGACUCCAUGAUUAUUAAUGUGAUAAUCGAUGUAAGCGCAAUGGACAGCCGAGAGAACAUGCAUUGUAAG